AUGAAGUUUAACGCCAUCAAUGUUGCCAUGCUGGCCAGCUGUACAGCGGCAUUCCCUACCAGGGAUGCCAUGGAAGCCCUCGCCCAGCUAAACGCCCGCGCAAUCGAUCCAGUUGCGCCACAGGGCAGAGGCGCCAACCCAGCGGCGCCUCCGCCUUUCAUUGCUUCUCAGCAGCGCGUCGAUGUCUCUGGCGACCACAGAUUCAUUGCUCCCGCCUCCGGCGAUGAUAGAGGCCCCUGUCCCGGACUCAAUGCCAUGGCAAAUCAUGGCUACCUUCCCCGAAACGGACGCGCAAGCAUCCAGCAGCUUAUCGAUGGUACCGAGAAGGUCUUCGGUAUGGCAAAGGAUCUUGGUGGAUUCCUCUCGUACUAUGGUGCCAACGUUGAUGGAGACGGCAAGGGUUGGUCGAUCGGAGGUGCCCCCAAAACUGGAAUUUCGGGCUCCCACAACAACUACGAAACAGACUCGUCGCCAUGCAAGUCUGACUUGAGCCAGUACGGCUCCAACCAGAAGCUUGUCCUGUCUCAAUUCAAGACCCUGUACAAUGCCCAACCAGACGCCAGCACGGCAAACUACAACCUCGAGGUUCUGCGCGAAUUCCGCGGCAAGCGUUACGCAGAGUCGAUUGCGAAGAACCCCGACUUCGCGUACCUGCCCUUCGGCGGUAUCCUCGUCUCGCAGGCUGCCUACACCUUCAUCUACCGCUUCAUGGGCAACAAGUCAAUUGAAUACCCCUCGGGCGUGCUCAACAAGGAUGUCUUGAAGUCUUUCAUGUCCAUCACAGGCGACGAUGACAACAUGAAGUGGACAUUUGGUAACGAACGGAUUCCUGAGAACUGGUACAAGCGGAACCAGGCCGACGAGUACUCUGUCCCAUACUUCUUCUCCGACAUUCUCUACUUCGCCGAGACUCAGCCCGAGAUCCUGAACAUUGGCUGCAACCAGGGCCAGGUCAACACUUUCCUCCCGCUGAACACAAACCUCCUUACCAACGGAGCUUACAGCGAUGAAUCAGCCGCUAAGGACCCGUCCUGCUUCGCUAUGCAGUACGGUGUUAGGGCCAUGCUGGACUCUGCCUCCCCGAGCCUUUUGGCGCCUCUGACGAAUGCUCUUUCGAGCACAUUGGCUGCCUUGACCUGCCCUUCCAUCUCCAGCUUCAACCUGACGGCUUUGGCUUUGGGAUGCCCUGGAUUCUCACUCUAUGGUGGUCCCAGCGCACCGGUUGCCCCAGGUGCCAUCCAGAGUUGA